UGGGUCUCCAUUGCCCAGCUCCUGCCCGCACUCCCGCCUGCUGCCCUGACCAGAGUCAUCAUGUCCCUUGAGCAGAAGAGUCAGCACUGCAAGCCCGAUGAAGAUCUUGAGGCCCAAGGAGAGGCCCCGUGCCUGGUGGGUGCGCAGGCUCCCGCUACUGAGGAGCAGGAGGCUGCCGCCGCCUCCUCUACUCUGGUCCCAGUCACGCGGGGGGAGGUGCCUGCUACCGGGUCACCAGCUCAUCCCCAGAGUGCUCAGGGAGCCUCCGCCUUUCCCACUACCGCCAACUUCACUCGCUGGAGGCAACCCAAUGAGGGUUCCAGCAGCACCAGCCGAGAAGAGGAGGGGCCAAGCACCUCUCCUGACCCAGAGUCUGCGUUCCGAGCGGCACUCAGUAAGAAGGUGGAUGAGCUGGCUCAUUUUCUGCUCCUGAAGUAUCGAGCCAAGGAGCCGGUCACAGAGGCAGAAAUGCUGGAGAAGGUCAUCAAAAAUUACAAGCACUGCUUUCCUGUCAUCUUUGGCAAAGCCUCCGAGUCCCUGAAGAUGAUCUUUGGCAUCGAUGUGAAGGAAUUGGACCCCACCGACCAGUCCUAUAUCCUUGUCACCUGCCUGGGCCUCUCCUACGACGGCCUCGGGGGUGAUAAUCAGAUCUUGCCCAAGACAGGCCUCCUGAUACUCGUGCUGGGCACGAUCGCAAUGGAGGGCGACAGCGCCCCUGAGGAGGAAAUCUGGGAGGAGCUGAGUGUGAUGGAGGUGUAUGAUGGGAAGGAGCACAGUGUCUAUGGGGAGCCCAGGAAGCUGCUCACCCAAGACUGGGUGCAGGAAAAGUACCUGGAGUACCGGCAGGUGCCCGGCAGUGAUCCCGCACGCUAUGAGUUCCUGUGGGGCCCAAGGGCCCUUGCUGAAACCAGCUACGUGAGGGUCCUGGAGCAUGUUGUCAAGGUCAAUGCGCGAGUUCGUAUUCCCUACCCAUCCCUGCGUGAUGCAGCUUUGAGAGAGGAGGAAGAGGGGGUCUGAGGAUGAGUUGCAGCCAGGGCCGGGGGAAGGGGGCUGGGCCAGUUCACCUUCCAGGGCCCUGUCCAGCAGCUUCCCCUGCCU